AUGGUGGCCGCUCACGAAGACCACCAGCUUGGACAAGCUGAGGCAAGCCCAAGGUUGGAAGCUGCUACUCGUAACAUUGACGAUGCCACUGAUCAUGCCAGUAACUCCAGGCGAUCACUUUCGCCGGCUGAGAAUGAUCGCGCGGUUAAACGACGCGGAACACUCCAGAAGUUGUGGGCCCCCACUCAGCGAGAUAUCAGCGUCUACACACUGGUUGAUCAGUUCGGGGCUAGCUUACAACACGGUUGCGAGCAGCGAGAGCUCAAGGCAGCUCAUGGCCCAUUCCUAAAUCUGCACCACGACGGAUGGACCACCGGAAACGGCAAGGUCGGUGUGCUCGGGACGACCGCUUCGUUCAUCGACAAGACUUGGAAUCACUGUGAGAUUGUUCUCCUUCUCACUGUUGGAAACCCAUCGCAUGCAGCUACAGACAUGCAGUGGGUGAUCUGCUCGCGUAUUCGCGAUCUAAAGACCUCCAAGCUAUUCGAGGACUCGAUUGUCACCGACUGUACGAUGCACGUGUUGAACUUGUGCCUGCAGUACGCGAUUGGAAUGAGGGAGAACAAGGAAACGGUGGACGUGUAUGAUCCAGCCACGAACUCUUGGCAGGAUCUGAUCAAGCGCGUGCGUGCUCUCAACAACUAUUUCUCCACCCAACAGCGCUGCCAGCGCUUGGAGAAGACGCAAGCGUUCUACGGCUUACCAGAGAUUGUCCCCACGCUAGACUGCGACACUCGUGUUGCUUUCACGGUGAAGCUACUCGAAAGAUCCAUUGUGAACUACUCAGCGUUCCAAUACUACUUCCAGUGCCGUGAGAAGGGCGACGAUCCAUCGGUCUUCGAGUGCUUGGAGCACGCCGACUGGCGUUUGAUGGCGGAGAUAGAGUCAAUUGUGGGCUCAAUCGCGGACCUUGCUCGGAUUGAAGUGCAGCGGAGUGACCUUGUAGCGUCCGAGCUCAUCGUAUUGUUGAAGUUCGAGGCCGAUCGGUUGUACAGCAACAGCUUCUCGAUGUUCGAUCUCAACGCACCGCGAGAUCCGAUGACCACAGUGGAUACGUUUCGUCGCAUCUUGAUCUCAGCACCUUCGACCACACCUGAAACUGAAAAGCACGCAAGUGAUGGAGAAACCCAGCAAUCCCAGCAAAGUUCGGAGAUUGUCAGCGCAGCCAGCAAGCUUUUGGUUGAUGCGCAUCGGGAGAUGUUCUGCUCUCUUCACGCUCAUGAUCUCAACGCUUUUGAGACUACCGCUGUUACGACAUCGCCUAACUUUGACCUUGUCACUUACGCUGACGUCGAGGUGAUUUGUGGCACUCCGAUCGAGGCUGUGGCGGAAGGUGAAGCUCUACGCUGA